GUCGUUUCAAUUUUCAGAAGACUGUGCAGUCUUUUUAACUGAUGAAGAACAAGGCCUUGUCUUCCUGUAAUUCUGAAGUCAAGUUGAGUCACCCAACAAGAAAACUAAAUCCAGUUUAAAUAUAGGAAUUAGUAAUAGAAUGCUGAAACAAACCUCUGGAUUAGCUUCAUUGGCUUUCCCGCUUCUUUUGCAUCCCAAAGCAUAAGCUUAAAUCGUCUCAGAAGGACAAGGUCCGCCAGUUUAUGGCAUUUACGCAGGCUGGCGAGAGAACUGCUAUUUACUGCUUAACGCAGAAUGAGUGGAAACUAGAAGUGGCAACAGACAACUUUUUCCAAAACCCAGACUCAUUCUACAAAGAAUCCAUGAGAAAUUCAGUAGACAAGAAGAAACUAGAGCAACUCUAUAACAGGUACAAAGAUCCACAAGAUGAAAAUAAAAUUGGAGUUGAUGGGAUUCAGCAGUUUUGUGAUGAUUUAAGCCUAGAUCCUGCCAGCAUCAGCGUUUUGGUUAUAGCAUGGAAGUUCAGGGCAGCUACGCAAUGUGAAUUUAGCAAAAAGGAAUUUGUAGAUGGCAUGACAGAGCUUGGGUGUGAUAGCUCAGAAAAGCUAAAAAUCCUUUUGCCAAGAUUGGAACAAGAGCUUAAGGACACAAUGAAGUUUAAAGAUUUCUAUCAGUUUACCUUUACUUUUGCUAAGAACCCCGGGCAAAAAGGUUUAGAUUUAGAAAUGGCUGUUGCAUAUUGGAAUUUAGUAUUAUCUGGAAAGUUUAAAUUCUUAGAUCUUUGGAACAAAUUUUUGUUGGAACAUCACAAAAGAUCAAUCCCAAGGGACACUUGGAAUCUUCUCCUAGAUUUUGGAAACAUGAUUGCAGAUGAUAUGUCUAACUACGACGAAGAAGGAGCAUGGCCUGUUCUUAUAGAUGAUUUUGUCGAGUAUGCCCGGCCAGUAGUCACGGGAGGAAGGCGCAGCACUUUCUGAGCGAAAAGUCCCUCUGGAUGCAGAUGAUAAGUGAAUUGCAUCCUAUAAAGGACAUAUUUGGGUCAGUUUCUGUGUACAUUUCUCGCAGAGUUCAGAAGUCAUCCUUAACCAGUCAUGAAACUCAAAUAACCAUCCAAUCCUGCUUAAGGAACAGGGCCGCUGUUUGGUGAGCACCGCAGAUUCCUUGGAAGAUGGCUGCUUGGAAUGUGUGGAGAAGGGCAUCCUCGUAGCUGUUGCUCCAGGAGAUGUCUGCGUGGUUUUCCCGUUUCAGGACAAGUGCACAGAGCCAGGACUCAAGAGCAUGCCGUGUACUUCCUGACAUAAGAGGAACACAGCAGUUACCAAAACACCUAAACACCGCUGAUGCAGUUGUCGUUGCACUGCGGAAACAGUGUCGCGUUCUCAAAGAGGAUGUUGUAUUUUUAUACAAGCCACAGGUGUUAAAAAUGUGCCCUAAAGAUGAUCUUAUGGAGUCUAACAUUUUUAAAACUUGGUGCCAGGAAUUCAAGAUUUAUAUUUUUUGACUUCUCGACUAUCUAGAUUUGCCAAAUCCACUUGUGUCUGUUUUCGUUUUCGUGGGCGUCCGUCUGUAAAUCACUGUAUGAUUUUUAAUGCCCCAUGUCAGUCUGCACAGUGCGCGAUUUCAGGAAAGGUUUACCUUAAACUGUUUACAAGUCAGUGGGCCUAUUUUGCUUUUUAAUAAUGUUAUUUGAACUUCCUAUGAAGUUUCUUAAGGUAUGUUUUUUUUUUUAAAAAAAAGAAAAGAUUAUAUGACAUUUAAAGACAUUUUUCCAUGAAAAAUAAUUUCUUUUAUGAAUGAUAAAUUAUAGACUUAAAAUUCAAGUGAGUUGGUUUCUUUUAAAUAUCUGCAAUAGCUAUACUGUUUCGCAUCUAACCCUUUGUACAAACUGUACAAUGUGAAAGCCAAAAUACACAUCGCUGUGUGUGGCGGAGGCACAGCCCUGCAUCUUGUUUGUGUGUGAGAGCUGAGAUGCGUCUGUAACAUGGUAUCUGUAUUUUCUGAUCUCCUCUCUGUCACAAUGAACCCCCUAGCGCAGCACAGGACUAAACGUGUGUCGUUCAAAGGCCAGAGGGCCUAGGCUGUCCCCUUGCUCUUCUGACAAAGCUCUUCUGUAGAGUUUUGGAAAUCAGUCUCUAUUGGCCCUACCUCAUGUUUGAAAGAAGGUCGCAGCACGGUUGCUCUUCGCAUUAUCGGUGUGCCUUGCUGCCCACGUACAAUAUAGUUUAUGUCGCAGAUAAAUUGGCGAUUCUUUCAUAGGAGCAAGUGAGGGAGAAGAGCUCCACUCCAGGAUGUCUAUAAAACAGAAAGAAUGCCUAAUGUUUCUAGUUGAUUUGACUCCCCUCAAAGAUAAUUCAUUUGGUGUUUUCGGAAACAUCUGUUGAAAACACGAGGCAUGUCUGUUUGAGUGUACAUGGCGAGGGUGUGAACUAUAGAUGCUUUGGUGUGGAAACCUUCCCCAAAAUGGGCAGCAGGGACUAGAGGAGGAGGCAUGGUCUUGGAGUUUGAAAAGCAAGAUCUAAGCCACUCAUUGAAUGACCUGGGGCAGUAGGUCAUCACGACCUUCAAAAACCGGUGUUUCUCAGAACCUCUAUUUAAUAAAUGCUCACUUUAAUGAAAACUUCAAAAAUGUAAAAGCAUCAUUCUAGGCUUCAUGGAUUCUUGAUGUGCAAGUGUUAUGUUUAGAGGUAUAUCUAGAACUCACAAUUAUGAAGUUCUGCUUUUUUUCUCUUAAGAUUUGAAAUUCUCUAUGGUUUAGCAAUCGUUAUCAAAAUAUUAGUAAUUGGACAAUGGCUAUUCAAAAAACAGUGGGUUUUUUCCUUAUAUAUGUUUAAAUUAUGCAUGCUAUUAAAAUGGUAAAAUCUCCAGAAACAUGAAAAUAAAUUACUCAGUGCGGUGGUUGUGGUUGGUACCCUCUUAAAUUCUAUUCUUGGCUGCUGAGCUUCCUGCCACUAGAUGUCAGUCUCUCCGUCUUUAGUCAUGGGACAAACAGGAAAUGUUUAUUUAUAGUAACCAGUACAUAAGCUCCUGUGGAAACUUCAACCGUCAUGUCUAAUCUACUGUCUCUAAUAAUCAUGUCCUAAAGCAGUUUAAAUUAUUUCAUUUUGUUUUUCAAUAUCACAUAGUGCUGCUGUUAAGCAUGGUGUGUCCAUGUGAGAAUUCACAGAUCUCAUAAAUUCACAUAUUAAGGAGUCCCUUGAGUUGAUAGGAACUAUAUACCCAUAUAAACUGUAAUAACCAUUAUGAAUAUGUUGAAGUCAAGUAAAUAAACAUGGUCGAUAAAAGGAAUACACAUUGCGCUGUACCUUCAUAGAGUGCUUACCAGCAAUUUCUAGAAUAAACAUCGUCAUCUCUUUCUCUCUCA